CGAAGAAAAAAAUUUAAAUAAAAGGAGAAAAGAAAAGCCAUGUCUAAGGUGAUCGAGAUAGGUAGAGGCAACCUCUCGCCCCGCCAACAAUGACGAAGCUCGCAAGCUCUCGGCGAUCACCACGCAUUCCUACCUCCCACCUCGCACGUCGCGCGCAACCGUCUUCAUGAGCGCGGCGUGGUCGACACCGAUGCGGCCAUGCCGCGCGCUACGAGCGGCGCGCCGUAGCCUCUGCGCCGCCCUCCCUCUCCGCCUCGCCCUCCCUCCCGCGACGCGUGCCGCGUCGGCGCCGGGGCGCGCCACCCUAGUCACCCUAGCCAUCGAGACCUCGUGCGACGACACGUGCGUGGCCGUGCUGGAGACGCACCCCUCGCGCGCGGCCGCGCGGCUGCUCUUCGACCGGAAGCUGACCUCGGACCAGCGGCGGUUCCGGGGCGUGCACCCGGUGGAGGCGGUGGUGUCGCACUCGCAGCACCUGGCGGGGAUGGCGCGGGCGGCGGCGGCGGCGCUGCCCGCCGCCGGCCCCCGCGACGCGGCGCGCGACGUGCUCUGGGCCGGCGGGCGCGCGCGGCGCAAGCCCGACUUCGUCGGCGUCACGCGCGGCCCCGGCAUGCAGUCGAACCUGUCGGUCGGGCUCAACACGGCCAAGGGCCUCGCCGUCGCCUGGGACGUGCCGCUCGUCGCCGUGCACCACAUGCAGGCGCACGCGCUGACGCCGCGGCUCGUCGGCGCGCUCGCCGCCUGGGACCGCCCCGGCCGCGCCCCCGAUCCCGCCCCCGCCCCCGCCUUCCCCUUCCUCUCGCUCCUCGUCUCCGGCGGCCACACCCUGCUCGUGCUCUCGCGCGCCCUCGCCGACCACGCCGUCCUCGCCGAGGCCGACAACAUCGCCGUCGGCGACAUGCUCGACAAGUGCGGCCGCGCGAUCGUGCCCGCCUCCGAGAUCGCCGCCGUCGCCCGCGACGGCGACGGCGCCAUGUACGGGCCGCUGCUCGAGCGCUUCGCCUUUCCCGACGCCCCCCCCUCUUCUUCUUCUUCUUCUUCUUCUUCUUCUUCUUCUGCGCCGCCCCCGGGCCUCUCCCUGGCGCCGGGCGAGGACGACGACAACGGCUUGACCGACUACGACUACGGCUACGUCCCGCCGCGCGCGCGCGUCGACGAGAUCCGCCUCUUCGACUCGGGCCAGGGCUGGUUCCUGACCCCGCCGCUGUCCUGCACGUCCGCGAUGCGGUACGACCUCGCGGGGCUCAACGGCCAGGUGCAGAAGGUGCUGCAGCAGCACCCGGGCCUCGGCGUCGCCGGCCGCCGCCUGCUCGCCCGCCACGCCAUGCGCCUCGCCUUCGAGCACCUCGCCAGCCGCCUGCUGUUCGCGCUCGCCGGGCGCGUCCCUCCCGCUGGCGCUGCUGCUAGCCCUGCGAGCGACGGGGAGGCGGCGGAGGAGGAGCAGGAGGAGGAAGAGGGGGAAAGGGGAGGGAAAAAGGCGAGCGAGCGCGCGAAAGCCCGAGCGCAAGCCGAGGCCCGGGACGACGACCGCGCCGCCCUCUGCCGCCGCGUCCGCACCGUCGUCGUCGCCGGCGGCGUCGCCCGCAACGGGUACCUGAUGCGGGUGCUGCGCGCGACGCUCGACGCGCGCGGCCACGCCGACGUCGCCCUCGUGCGGCCGCCCGCGCGCCUGUGCACCGACAACGCCGCCAUGAUCGCCUGGGCCGCCGUCGAGAUGUGGGAGGCCGGCUGGCGCAGCCGCCCCGACGUGAUCGCCCUCCGCCGCUGGACGCUCGACCCGGCCGCCGAGGACGGCGGCGUGCUCGGCGCCGAGGGCUGGGUGCGGAGGGACGAGGAUGGCGAGAGCGAGACGGAGGAGAGAUGAGCUAACUCCGUCCCGCUGAAAAUGGAGACUGCCACUAUAGAGCCGGCGAAACGCUUGUUUCCUACGAUUACUGUACGAUUAUAAUACCACUUGGCGGUUGGCACGGCACGGCAUAUUAUGCAUGUAGACCGGCGUUAGGGCAUUUAGCUGAGAGUCGGGGGGGAUUACUAUUGCGCAUUCGGUCGCAGAUGCCACAUCGAUGGCUCAAUUCUUGUACAUUUACCCGACGAAUCCUGGAGGGAGAGGCGCGUGGGAAUCGCCUGG